AUGUCUCCUCCUGCUCCCGAGGUCACGACAACUCAGCAGGAUGACCAAGAAAGUUGGUUAUCCCGUGCCGCGAGCUACAACAAUCUCCCCGACCUAUCCACAUCCGAGCCGGGCUCUCCGGGACUUCGAAGGACUUUCUCAGACUUGACGUUCCAGAAACAGUCCGACGCCCCGUCGAAAGAAGAUGUGGCAGCUGGGAAAGAUAUCUUAAGGCGGACUUCCCUCCGUCGCUCCAAGGACAAGUCGACAGUUGCAGUAUCCCGUUUCACUGUCUCGACUGAGAACUUGGCCGAUACUCCCCCUUCAGAGCCUCCAAAACCUCCACCAAAAGUUCCGCAAACCAGGGCCCCAUCACCUGUUGCUCGACCCUCCAAAGCUCGUUCAAUGUCAGGGAGGCUUGUUAGUUUUGCGCGAAAGCCAUGGAUGUCAAACUCCCCAAACCGAUCAAGCUCCCCUCCGUCGAAAACCUCUCGCCUCCGGACCCUCCAGGGAGAAGACUCGUCGUCGCAAGCCCCAUCUUCUCGAAGCUCUGGGAGCCUAGAUCUGGCGAGAGGUCCUGACCCCGCUGCGCCGAGCCGCAAGCGAACAAUACUAAGCAAACGACCUCGCCGUCCGAUGGUCGCUGUUGUAACCCAGAGUCGGGCCGACAGCCCGAGCACCCAAAGCAGUCCAUCACCGAGAUCCCUACUCCCUAAGGGGUCCCUGGAGAGGCUCACGUCAUCUUUUAAUGUAUCAACUCCAGUGCUUCCACCGACGUCGAAGACGAGUGGCCCUUCCGGCAAUAGUUCCGGAGGCCAGGAUCCUCCUAAGAAGAAGGACGAACUUUGGAACGCUUUUCGGGGUCUUGAAGCCGACUUUCAAAAAUUUCAAACCAAAUCCAGUGCGCUUAAAGCGAAUGUUAUUCGCUCUUCACUCGUACCGUUUCUCAACCGACCCCAUCCCAUAAAAAACAUCAAAAGUUUGAGACCCGAAGACCUAGACCGACGGGUAAACAUACUCAAUAAGUGGUGGACCGGGUUACUAGACAUGCUAAACGGCAAACAUAACCAAUCCAUUUCAGGUACAGAUAGACCAGUGUACCUGGAAGCAGUGGUCGGCAUAAUGUCUCGUCCUGAGUGGAGAAUACCAUUCCCAAUGCCAAUUCCUGAUCCUCAGCUACCUAAGCCACUCCAGCACACGGCAACAUCUAUUUCAGAGACCUCUGAAGCAUCUUCAGGAUCAGACUUUCUUGUAGAGUCUAUCCAUCAUAACAUAAGGAACAUAUUCACGCAAAACCUAAUGUCUCAAAUGGCUUUCGUGGUUGAAAGAAUGUCUAUGAGGCACGCCCCUGCCAGUUUGGUGACAUUCUGUGGUAAAGCUUGUGCUUAUGCAUUCUUUUUCUGUCCUGGUGUGGCAGAUGUUCUCGUCAGGCUUUGGAAUAUACCGCCUAGCGUUUUCCGGCGAGUAUACGCUGAGUCUCACGUUGACACGACCAGUGGGCUUCGUGCAAUGGCCCAGGAGCUUGCUCUGAGCGUUCCUCCAGCUUUACGGCCUUUGUCGUUCCAUGCGCAUACGGCUUUAAUGCGAUAUCUUCGCCAGAAGCCCGAUGUUCCGUUGAAUGUAACACAAAUUCAGUGGCAAAGUCCCUGGGUGUCUCGAUGGUGCGGCAGAGACACUGAUCUCUUUUACGUCUUUGUCAAGUACAUCCAUUUGUUGUACGCGGACGCCAUACCAUCAUACCUUGAGAAGAGUGGGCGCGUCCUAUCCCCGGGUUUGCUUCCGGUCCAUGCCCAAAUUCUUGUUGUUCUUGAGGAUACUCUAUACAAGCAAUCCCAAAACCCAGCACAAGAGAGUUCUCAUAAUACUGCAGCAAUCACUUUCGACGAUUUCAUUGAAGGCGCUGAUGGAUCGGCUUCAGCGCUUCCGCUAGGAGCAGCUAACAGCCAUCGCUCUAUGGCGGAGAACCGCUUGAUCAUACUUCUCCGAGACUACCUGUCCGAGUCCUCGCUUGAGCCCAACCACGCACGAUUAUUCUAUGCGGAGUCAUUCUGCCUAAUUUUGAAAACAACUGCGCAGCGGACCUCCUUGUUUGAUCAUAAUGCGUGCUUUCUUCUAUGCGAUUUUGUCGAGGAAGUCAUACCUAUAAUUGCACGAUACUCGAAAAUGAUAGAGAUGGACUUGUUCGACUGGAAAUUUUGGCUUGAAGCUUGUCGCCAGAUGAUGCAAAGCCACAACUCACUCACUGAAGUUCGAGUCUUCUCAUUUUUGUUUGGCAUUUGGGGUACAUGGACCGGCUCCGAAGAAAGGAAAGCAGACCUUUGCCUUGGGUUUCUGCUCGAUGAGCCACUAUUUUAUCAUUAUUUUAGUCACUGGAGCCCCAUGGUCCGCGCCUAUUUCCACCGUCUUCUGUGUUGGCGGUUGGGCAGGUUUAAUGGUGACCCAACACCGCUUGACUCUAUUAUAUAUGAAACUCUAUCGAAUCGGUUACAGCGCCUGUGGCGGUUUUAUCUAACCACUCAAUCCAACGCAGAAAGUGGACUUGCAGCGCCAUUGUCCUCUGCACCCUGUACGCCAGCACCAGGGCGCCGAAUAAUCAUUAUUCGAUGUGAUAACCCGAUGUCCCCUUCGAAUCUUUUUAUGUCCUUUGAUCGUGUACUCCCCCCAUCGGUGCCUAACCAAACCUCGAACACCAAUUCCUCAAACGUAGAUACUGUUUCCGAAGCCGAUAAUCCCCCGAAGAAACGAUGGAAUAUCCUCAAGGCUGUGUUUGGCUCCUCCCGAUCGAAUGAAGAGGUCUCCUCAGCCACCAGCUCUGAUGAUUCGGAUACAACGGUUUCGGACUCACCUACGGCUGGAGAGAAAAGCUCGGAUGUCAACUCCUGUGGGGAGCAGUGUCGACCAAAGACCCCGCAUCAACCGUAUACCUUCAAAUUCUCAUUGGAGUGGAUGGAUCGGCCACAGUGGCCGAGCAAAAAUAAGCGGUUAUACAUCCCCUCUCUCCCUGUGGCGUCGCAGCUGCAUUUACAGCUCCGAAGGUCAAUGCUCAAAGCAGAUGAUGGUGAUACAACCUCGGACGAUACCACUGACUCUGAAAUCGAAGGGGAUGACGUGAAGCGAGAUAUCCUUGGUACGGGCACCAAUGGCACGGCUCAUACCGACGGAGGGAUCAAAACUUCCUCAAAGAAGAACGACAAAACUGUUCCAGCGGAUGAUAAGCUUGCGUCUAGCAAGUAUGCUGGUCGCGCUCUUGCGGAAUGGGCACAAAUUGUGUCAGAGUGUGAUAGCUUCUUUUCCCGAAGGCGCGACGAGGGCGUGCCCUGUGAUCGCAUGGUGGAAACCCCAACGCUGGGCGUUGAGGGUUUCCGGAAGUAA